AAAUACUAUCCUCAAAAUCCGUUUUAAGGUCUCUUUUUGUAGCCCAUCUAACAUGAUUGAGAUGAAAAAUCUAAGCCGUUGGAUUUAGGGCUUUAAAAUUCCUGUACUUAAUCUUUUGUUCUCCUCCUGGAAUACUUCUGUUGUCCGCAGUUUGAUUUAGGGUUCUAAUUGAGGAAAAGACAAGAUGGCGCAACGUCUUACCUACAGAAAACGGCACAGUUACGCCACCAAAUCCAACCAACACCGCAUCGUCAAAACUCCCGGUGGGAAAUUGGUGUAUCAGAGCACUAAGAAGAGAGCUAGUGGUCCUAAAUGCCCUGUUACUGGAAAGAGAAUUCAAGGGAUACCACACCUAAGGCCUACCGAGUACAAAAGGUCUAGACUGCCUAGAAAUCGUAGGACUGUCAACCGACCAUAUGGCAGUGUGUUGUCAGGAUCUGCUGUCCGAGAGAGGAUUGUUCGUGCCUUCUUGGUGGAGGAACAGAAAAUUGUGAAGAAGGUCUUAAAGAUCCAGAAGACAAAGGAAAAGCAAGCUGGAAAAAUCUAGGAUGAACAGUAAAUACUGCAAGUUAACAAUGUCUUGCUUUGAAAUGUAGGGUCCUGUUCUUCUCGAUUCAGUUUUGCUUAGUGUUGAUGAUAAUAGAUGAUGAUGACAAUAUUUAACUGAAUUAAAUUGUGAAUUCUUUGGUUUUGUCUACUGCUGUUUUGCUUCAUAACAUUUUUAUCUAUGAAAUAGUACUAUAUUCUAUUAGUCAAA